GAGAAGGGCCAAGUCGGUGGGCGCCAGCCAGCAGCGGUCUGUGCCAGGGGCAGACGGAUGGCUCUCAUGUCGCAGGGUGACUGCUAGCCCUGCGGAGGCUCCCCCGGCCGGGCCGGGCAACUGCCCCGCUGCCGGGGUGCGGCCGGCGCGCCCCGCGGGAUGCUGGCGGCGGGGGAUGCGGAGCCGGCCGCGGACUAACAUGGGGGGCGGCCACUCCCACAGGGCGCCCGUCUUCGACGAGAACGAGGACGUUAACUUUGACCACUUUCAAAUAUUGCGGGCUAUUGGGAAAGGGAGUUUUGGAAAGGUGUGCAUUGUACAGAAGAGAGACACCAAGAAAAUGUAUGCCAUGAAGUACAUGAAUAAACAGAAGUGCAUUGAGAGAGAUGAAGUUCGCAAUGUUUUCCGGGAGCUGCAGAUAAUGCAAGGCCUGGAACAUCCCUUCUUAGUCAAUCUGUGGUACUCCUUUCAAGAUGAAGAAGACAUGUUCAUGGUGGUUGAUCUCUUACUUGGAGGUGACCUGCGUUACCAUUUGCAGCAGAAUGUCCACUUCAAUGAAGGAACUGUUAAACUAUACAUUUGUGAGCUGGCACUUUCCUUGGAUUAUUUGCAGAGAUACCACAUCAUUCACAGGGACAUCAAACCUGACAACAUAUUACUGGAUGAACAUGGACACGUUCAUAUCACUGACUUUAACGUAGCAACCAUAGUGAAAGGCUCAGAAAAAGCUUCUUCUAUGGCUGGCACAAAACCCUAUAUGGCUCCAGAAGUGUUCCAGGCUUUUAUGGAUGGAGGUCCAGGAUACUCAUACCCAGUAGACUGGUGGUCACUAGGAAUUACAGCAUAUGAAUUACUGAGGGGCUGGAGGCCCUAUGAAAUUCAUUCAGCCACCCCCAUUGAUGAGAUACUCAACAUGUUCAAGAUGGAAAGAGUUCACUACUCAUCCACAUGGUGCAAGGGCAUGAUAGCACUACUGAAAAAGCUCCUCACCAAGGACCCAGAGUGCCGCCUCUCCAGCCUUGCAGACAUCCAAAACUCUCCAUACCUAGCUGAUGUCAACUGGGAUGCUGUCCUAGAGAAAGCUGUGACCCCAGGCUUUGUUCCUAACAAAGGAAGACUGAACUGUGAUCCCACAUUUGAACUUGAAGAAAUGAUUUUAGAGUCCAAGCCUCUCCAUAAAAAGAAAAAGCGACUUGCCAAAAACAAAUCCAAGGAUGGAGCUAAGGAAACCUGCCCACUGAACGUACACCUGCAGCAGUGCUUGGAAACCGUUAGGAAAGAAUUCAUCAUAUUCAACAGAGAGAAAUUAAGGAGACAGCAGGAUCAAAGUGGACAGGCUUCCAGCAUUGACAGCAGAGCAUCUCUUCAGAGCCACGAGAAACUCCAGGAUGGGAGGAACAACAACUUGCUGGGACACGGCUGCACCAGGGGCUGCAGCAGUUAGUGAC